AUGAAAUCAUCAUCGUGCAAGUUAUCUCGGCAAGAAUGCAACAUUAAUUGGAUGCUAGCUUGUCCUGAUCCAACCCCGGUCGCAUUUUUUCGAUAUACAUUUCCAGCACAUAAAGUUAAAGCGACUGAUAAUUAUCGGAAAACACUUGAUCUGGCCUUGAAUACGACUAACAAUCAGGAACUAAGGGAUAAGCUCGAAACGGAUGCAAGGAUCUAG